GGGUUGGGAUGUCACGGGAUCAGACUGGGCUCUGUUGAUCACAAUCUCGGGCAUUGUUCAAGUCUCGCCGGUUGUGGUAGAUCACUACCAUAGUCUCCACUACACUCGUCAUCACCACACUGCAGGUCGCAAGUGCACCACUUAACAUCACAAUGGCAAGGAGAAUUGUAGUGAACGCCAUAGGAGGCUAUGAUCAAAUAAAGGUUGAAGAUGGCCCUCUCCCUCCAGCUCCCACUGAAAACCAAGUUACUGUUGAAGUUAAGGCUUGUGGACUGAACUUUUAUGACAUAUAUGUUCGUCAAGGUUUGAACCCUGAGAUACGGCCACCAUGUACUCUUGGAUUGGAAUGUGCAGGCAUUGUGACAGCUGUUGGAGUAAAUGUUGGUUCAGUCAAUGUAGGGGAUCAUGUAGUUGCACACUGCCCAAAAGCAGGUGCAUGUGCAGAGCAGAUCACAGUUGAUGAAGACAGCCUGAUGGUCGUCCCAAACAACAUGAGCUUUGAAGUAGCAGCAUCAUUCACCAUUAAUUAUCUCACUGCAUAUUUUUCUUUAUUCCACCUUGGAGGAUUGAGAACUGGUGGAGCAGUUCUCAUACAUAGUGCAGCAGGUGGAGUUGGAUGGGCAGCUACCCAGCUUGCUAAAACUGUUCCUGGUGUAUGUGUGUUUGGAACAGCUUCAAUUCAAAAACAUGAAGCUAUUUCAAAAAAUGGUGUAGAUUACCCUAUUCACCAUGAUCAGGAUUAUCAAAAAGAAGUACUACGACACCGCCCUCAAGGUGUAAGCAUUGUCUUGGAUAGCCUAAGUGGGGUGGACUUCACUAAAAGUCAAGAUCUUCUAGAACCACUUGGCAAGGUGGUGCUGAUUGGUGCUCGCGGAAUGAUAGCCAGUGAACACCGUAGUCUGUGGCGUAUCUUUAAAACCUGGUGGACCACAAAAAGUGUCUCUCCGUACACACUCAUCAUGAACAAUCAUGCUGUUGCAGGGUUUCACUUGAGUGAAUUGGGAAACAAAGACCCUACGACCUUUCGUCAGGGAUGGAAAGAAGUUUUGGAAAUGAUCAAUGUAGGAAAGCUGUGUCCAUGCAUUGAUUCAGUAUGGAAUUUUGAUCAAAUUGUUGAAGCAACUAAGCAAAUUGCCGAAAGGAAAAAUAUUGGUAAAGUUAUUAUCAAGCCAUAAAAACCCUUUGGUUCUAAUAUUUAAACUUAUAUAUUUAUGGCAUUUUUUCAAUCCUUAUAAGUGAAAUCAUAUUGGGAAUACAGUAUCUUAAUAUGUUAAUAUAUAUAUAAUUGACAUAUGUCAAGUUUCAUUAUUUAAAUUUUUAUUUUUUUUAGCCCUUAGUGCAACUGUUCAGCAAGGUAAAAACGAUGCAAGUCUUGACAUUUUUCAUUAGAAAUGUGUGAGAAUUAGGUUCUGCCUAUAAAUCCCUGUACUGUACUGUACUGUAAUUACCAAGAUUGGUGACCUGGUGCUCCAAUUCAAGAGCAACAACUGGAUGCUCUCUUCACACAAACAGCACCCAACAGCAUGCAUCUCUGUUUGGUCAGUGUUAGGUAAUUACAUUUUCAAGGCUAUUAAAGAUUCUAAGUGUAGUUACAGGAGGAGAGCUACGUCUUCCCAGUACUAUAAUACUUGUCAUUUGACACUUUGGAACUACUGACAGUUUUGCCCUCCACCUCAUGUGUUGCAACCAUCUACCACCACUCUGUAAAGGUAAACUUUCAAAAGUUUUUUUUGGCACUUUUUUUAACAAAAGUUUGUUUCCUUAGUUUGAACCUAUUUAUGUCCUCUGGUUCUUGAGGUUGCAGUUUUAAAAAUUCUUCUUUGUCAAUUUUGACGAUUCCCAUUAGUAUUUUGUAAGUAGUGAUCAUAUUGCCUCUUUUUCUUCUAUCUUCGGCAUAUUUAGCAUCUCCUUGUACCUCUUGUUUUUCAGUUCAGGGAGACAUUGUGGAGCAGCCAUCAUAAUGUCUGCUUAUAUCCAUUGGCAAUGAAUUUAACAGCUAUGAUGGGAUUGUACAGUGGCCUUUUUCUAUAUGUAGAUAUUGACACUUUAGCAUUAACACUUUAUUGGAACAUUUACUCAAUGAUGCUUAAAUAGAUCAGCCAUCUCAAGAAAAUUUAAAAACUUAAAUAAAAAAUGAAAAAAAAUUCCUUAUUUUGGAGCAGUGUGAGCAUAGCUUAUCAGGGGACCAACCGUCAAGAGAUCACCUCGGACAACUAUCACUCAAAAUGACAAUUAUUUUGCUUGUGAGCAUUUUCACAAUGCUUUGCAAAUAACUGCCAGAAAAGUAUGACUGUGCUUUCUUUUUUCAGUGAUUUGAACCAGUCAUGUGUGCACAUAUUUCCAUUUUUUUAUGAUGAAAAAUAUGACACCAAAUUUAUGGUUAAAUACCCACAGAUUUUAUACUUAAAAAAGAAAUUAGGCCUCACUGAGUGGGACUUUGGGGAUGCCCAUGGCAUUCAUAGGUACAGUAUGCAGUGAUAGGUUGGAACAUUCAAGUGUUUGAGCAGUGAACCCCAGUUUUGAAGUCAAUAUGCUGUGUACAAAGAUCUACAUUUUGAUUUUAGUAACUAUACACAAGGCAGCUUGUAAAAUACUGUUCAUAUCAAUAUGAGAGGUUCUACAUUAUUUAAAAUUCCAAGUAGUGUAACGAAAAUUAUUAUUAUAAUAAUUUUGAUUAGAAUGUAUACAGAAUGCUGCAAAAUGUUUGAAUAGUUGUUACAUAAAAUGCAUACUAAUACACUAGUAUGCAAUGCAUUUCAGGCAUACAAACUGUACAAGAUAUAGUACUAGUUUUGCCAAGUAUCAAAUGCUUUGCUCACAUGAACUAUAUAUAUACAGUGCAAUAAAACAUCUUUAAUUAAAGAAUUCUUUAUUGAGAACAUAUUUACAUUAAGAGUUUAUACAGAUUUUUGACCACUAAAAAAAAUGUAAGGUCUCUCAAAGUCAAUCACUGUAAAUUACAAAAACAUAUGACAUUUUCUUAUUUUAUUCAUAUCUUAUGACAUUUUUCAAUAUUUGUAUCCAAUCUGAACAUCACACAUACUUCUCGGGUUGUUCAUUUUACUGCUAUUUUUUUUUGUUAUUCACAUUUUGUGGAGCAUCAGUUUUACAUCCAUGAACAAGGGGUCAGCACUAGUACUGCUUUAUGCAGCUCUCAGACUGCAUCUGUUCCUAUGUUGUUUAUUGUAACUAAGGCUUUCAUAGCACUAGCCACUUUCCACACCCUAACCUUAAUUUCAAUUUGCACAAAUUCAUCUUUUUAUCUCAUUUCAGGUAUUUAAACAGAACCACCACUUAGCACUUCACCAUUCAGUCCUUUUAUGACAAAAAGUAAUGAACAUUACAAAGAUUUUUCAAACUAAUGUGCAAUAUCUAAUAAAUCUUAUUUUGGUCAUAUAUCAUCAUCCACAUGAUUACCUGUAUUGUCAACCAUUAGUAAAUUUAUGUAGGAAUCAAUCAUGUUUAUAAUUUUUAUCUUCCAACUCUUGCAAUAGAUUAUCUCCAGCUUUUUGUACCGACUUUGCUAAGCACUUCUGAAACAUAGUUGCUGUAUGUGCUUUGCCAAUUGUGUUUGUAACUGUGCUGGCAUGGAUGGAUGAAAGCAUCACAUAGAAUCAACAACUUUAAGACAUGUCAAGAUUUUGCUAUACUAUAAUUUAACAAUUUUAAUGCUUAUAUAUAUAUACACUAUAUAUAUUUUUUAAUUUGUAUAUGAUCACAGGCAGCAGUUGAGUACAAUAUACUAGUGGCAAGGUUAACUGUCAUCUUUUUAAUUUUAUUGCAUUUACUUUUAGGAAGUUCUUGCUAUAUUUAUGUUAUAACAAACAAAUAUUUUCCAUAUUC